UCUGUGGCAAAAACGAAUUUUUUUUUAUAAAUUUUAUCUUAUUUAAUUUUAAUAUAAUAAUAAUUAAAGCAAUAAUAAACACUAAUAAGAAUUGUUCAUUCCAAAUUGAAAUGUGCAGUGUGUUCAAAUUAGAUUUAAAUAAAUAUUGUAUCGAAGAUGUUUGUAGAACUUGUGGUAGAUGUGACGUUAUAACAUCUGCCAGCCUUGUAAAUAUAUUUACUUUCGAUCCUCAGGAUGUGCAAAAACUUAAUAUUUUACGAAUGUUUGAUUUAUGGAAAUUAAAUAUAUCUGAAGAUGAUAGCCUGCCUCAAAAAAUGUGUAAACAAUGUGUUGGGAAAUUCAACCUAGUUCAUAGUUUUCGCAAACAGUGUGAAAACAUUCAAAGUGCUUUUAAAAUACUCUUGGCCGAGCAACGUAGGUUAAAAUCAGCCGAAAAGAUUGCUAAGGAAUCCUCCAAACUUGAGCAAUUAACUAAAAUUCAACCGAAACUCGAGGAACAACUCCCAAACAAUGCUUCCACGACAUUUGAAUGUUUUGACGAGAUUCCCUUUGAGGAUGGAGAGUUCAAGAGUAUUCAAUACUUUGAACUUGAACCCCACAAACCUUUAGAAUCCAACAGUCAAAUUAUUAAAGACCAAGAAAAAACAGAAACGCCACCUGACCUGAUAGAUAAUUCAUCAGAUUUGUUUUAUGGCGAUGAUAAUGGCGAUGGCGACAUUGAAGACGAUUGGAAUGCAGUAGCUGAAGAUCUCAUUCCAAAAUUAGAGCUAAAUAACGAUGAUUCCAGUUUGGAUUCAGAUUUACUUAGCUCCGAUGAUGAUCGAAAAGUAAAUCGGAAAAGCAAAAUAAAACCCAAUAAAUUUAAGUGUGAAUUUUGUAAAAACUUCUGCUUGGAAAACCAAGAGGAUCUAGAUAAUCAUGUGAAGGAAAUCCAUUCGACUGACACUCCUUACACAUGUUCUCUUUGCACGAAAACCUUUACCAAUGCCAAGCAACGAAAUUGUCAUUUUAUGGUGAGCCAUAAAUGGAAAUCACACGAAUGUGAUGUUUGCCAUAAAAUGAUAAAAGGUGGCAAACCGGGUUUGAAAAAUCACAAAGAUAAUGUCCACAAUAAAUCUGAUCAUGAGUGCAAUAUAUGCCAUAAAAAGUUUGAGAAUAUCUCGCUAAGUCGUUUUAGAUAUCAUCUACGAUGGCAUGAUAGUUCGAAGCUUUUCUCUUGCAAAUCUUGUGAUAAAAGUUUUGUAACUCGAUAUCAUUUGGAAGAACAUGAACGUACACAUACGGAUGAGAAGUCGUUUUUAUGUAGUAUAUGCGGGUUAGGGUUACGAUGUAAACAAAAUCUUAUAUGGCAUAUGAAGACGCAUACAGGAGAAAGAACGUAUCAGUGUAAUCAAUGCAAUAAAGCUUUUCCAACACCGACUGCACUUGCAUGUCACAUAAAAACUCAUAGCAAUGAAAAAAAGCACGAAUGUGAAAUUUGCAAUAAACUUUUCAAAACAAAAGGAAGCCUUAAAACGCACAUUGGAAAUGUACAUAAAGUCGAUUUUAAUGAUGGUACGCCAAACUCAUCACCACGUUAUUGUUGUCAAUUGUGUCCGAGAAAUUUUAUUUUUGAACGUGAUCUCAUUAAGCAUUUAAAAACGCACGAACAUAGGCGACACGUUUGUGAAAUAUGCAAUCUAUCCUACCUACAGUCUUCCCACUUGAAAAAGCAUAUGGACACAGUACAUCUGAAUAUUAAGCCUCAUGUAUGUGCAAUUUGUGGACAUGCUUUUCCAUUUGAAUUUAAUCUUAAACAACAUGAACUAACGCAUCAAGAAAAAGGAUUCAAGUGCAUUGUAUGCGAUAAAGCAUUCACGCUGCUUCCUUCUCUGUUGUCACAUCAGAGAACUCACACUGGCGAAAAACCUUACCAAUGUCAUCUUUGUGAAAAAGCAUUUACAAAUAGAGGAAAUCUUAAAAGUCAUGUUGAAAAGCAUUUGAUAGAGCAGAAGCAAAAUCAAACUUUUACACAAAUUGUGCUACCAGUUAUUCCUGCCUCUGGAGAAAUCCCGCAACCAUCAGAGCUCAAUAUAUUUGAUAUAAACAACUCUUGUGAACCAGUGGAACAGCAAGAUUUUAGCAAUCAAAUAAUCGAACAAUGUGAACUAGAAACAUUGAAAUAAAUCUUUUUUUU